AUGCUGGCCAUGACACAUACCGCACACGUGCGUUCUCAGAACUCAGAACCUCAAACACUGAGAACACCCUUCUCGACUCCUUCCAAGACAACAUAUCCCCGUCCAUUAUCCGAGACUACCGAGAUUUAUGAAACCGAUCUCGAGGAUGAUGAGAGUUUGUUCGAAGAGAACUCACCAAAACCUAGCUUCGAUUCGUUCGACAGCAGGAGAAGGAGUGAAACCACGAUCUCAUCUUUCGAAGAGGCCUUGACGCCCCGCUCUGAUGUACAGUUUGAUCAACAUGGUCCUUUCCCAAGCCAUGGCAAGUCAGUGGAAGGGCCAAAAGGUCCUCAUCUCUUCCGCGCGUCUCAUCUAUCUGCCGAGUCUGCUUUCGACUAUGCUUUACAGAUGUCGCCACUUUUUCCGAUAACAAUGAAGUUGCCGCCAAAGACUGACCCUAUUACCCCUCAAGAAUUCGCCUUCUCACCCCAAGACUUGUAUGUCCCAGGUCUUGAUGCAGUGCUCCAGUCUCCUUCCCCAUAUAGUGUGGAGAGAUGGUCAACAGAAGAUGUCUUGGAUUGGAUGCUAGAGACUGGCCUACCGCAUGAGGUUGUCGACAAGUUUGAGAAACACGACAUCAACGGCACAAUUCUGAUGGAGCUGAAGUUCGAGAAUCUGAAGGAACUCGAGAUCGAGUCUUUCGGCAAACGGCACCAACUCUGGAAUGCUAUACAAAAUCUCAAAGGUGGUGAGCGUGGCCCAAGUCCAGUACCCACCCCGUUCCAGGACAUCUCUCGCCCCCCGACAAAUAUCAGAUCAAGGUCAGAUGGCGACAUUCCUCGAGACAUGUUACCUUCUCUUUCACUGGAAGAGGAUGCCACUCCAAUCACUCCCGUCCGUCACAAGAAGCGACGCGGUCGAAAGAACAGGCAACACGAUGAUUUGGUCACUCCUGCGGAGUCGGUCUCGAUUGUUGCCAUUGAACAACUGAUGCCCAGAGAGCACAACUGCGCUAAGGGUGAAAACUGUUCCAAGUGGCGCAAGCAGCAGAGAUUGUUUGCUCGGAUCCGGGAGCAGCAAGGCUAUCCUAUCAGCCCUGAUCAUGGUGGUCAUAUCCUCAUCACGGGCGAUCCUGGCAAUGCCUCCACUGCUUACAGAGUCGUGGACAACGUAUACCGUCAGCAAGAGGCCUCACCUCAAACCACAACUCAAUCAUCUCGACCUGUUUCGGAGACCAUGCCGCCAUCCAUUGUGGCUUCCUCUGAUUUGCUUGGUCCUGGUCAGCUUCCAGCUUUUGCCCUUCACGAAAACAUGCUGGCCAGACUUCAGAUCAGAGACCCUCAAGAGAACGUCAAGCAAUUCCUCAACUUCCAACAUGUCGGUCAGCCGCAAGUGGAAGCUCCACCCACGCCUCCUGUCGAUACUUUUCCUGCUAACGAAUACGAGAUGUUUCCUACCACACACCAACAAGCCUAUCCUUCUCUGCAACGUCCAUCGCUGACUCAAGAGCCACACGAAAACCUCAAGCAUCUGCCCAAACUGUCUAUCCCUCGCUCUGCCAGUGCUAACCCCUGGCUAGGCAAGCCAAAUGUCUUCUCCCCUGCAGACACUGUCAUGUCUCCCUGUCGCAGUGCGAUUGUUUCCCCUGGAAACCACCACGUCUAUCGCUACGGUACGCCAGCCUCAGAGAUGGACGUCCCCGUCACUGCCAUUCCCAUCGGUCCCAUCUCCCGCGAUACUAGCCAGUCCGUCCCACCCAACAUGCAAUACCGCUCGCACAGCCGCCCUGCCUUCAACCGCAAUCCCUCCUCUCAGCUGCCCGCCUUGGACGAAGACACCGUCUUCUCUCCCAUCUCGGCCAUCCAACGCACCCCGAGCAAACUCAUCCACGUCGUCGACAAGGAUAAGCAAAAAGAGAUGAAGAAAGCACACAUGCAAGCCACAUACGGCAACUCAGUCUCCCACACUGGCUACAUGAAGAAGCGCAAGAACAAGCUGUUGCAUCACGAAUGGCAGAAUGCGCAUUUCCGUCUUCACGGCACACAGUUAGCCAUGCAUGAGAACAACCGAUUGUCAGCUCUCAUGCUCGACACUAUCAACGUGGACGACUAUUCAGUGGCUUGUGCAUCCCUACCCUCCAACAACAAGAUCAUGGCCGCUCUCAAGAACCUCAAGCUCGGCGGAGACAAGAAGAGUGAUGCUGCUGCUGCUGGAGCAUUUGCCUUUCAACUUGUCCCUAGUGCUGGCGAUAGAGUCAAGUCUGCGAGCGGCAAGACUCAUCACUUCGCUGUGGGGAACAGCAGUGAGAGAAUUGAUUGGAUGAGGGAGUUGAUGCUGGCCAAGGCGUUGAGGCAGAAGCAAAGUGGGUUUGUGGUUGAGCAUAACGGUGAGAAGGCUUGA